CAAAAGAAAAGAAGAAAACAAAAUGACAGCUUUCAAAUGUGAUCUUACAAAAUUCCCAAUGAAUUGAACUGGUUCCAAAUUUUCGUUGAUAAUUUAAAUAAUAUCCUAUAAUAACCAUCGAAUAUGGCUACUACUGUUGCGGAUCCACCUCCAAAACCAAAAAAACCUUAUGAAGAAAUUAGUGCUAUAUUUAAUGGAAAUGAGGUAAAAAUACGAGUACCAAAAAGUACGUCGAAGCCGCCCAAGUUGACUCCAUCGCAGCUGAAGCUACAACAGAGCUGUACUUGUGAAGAUGACGAGUCCGUCUGCUCGGAGACCUGCGGCAUGGUGUGCGGAGAUGACCAGUGUCCAGGAAACAGGUUGGAUUUCCAAAUUCCUGACGAUAUUUGCGAGUCACUCACGCACAGGACGAAUCUGAAUUCAGAGCUUGUUUACUCCAAGACCACUGGCAACGACACGAUGUGCAAUAUAUGCAAUGUGACGCCAAAGGACGCGCCGAAAGGAGUGCAAGCGCAGAAAGUACUACACCCAGACAAAGACGUAUUCAUACUCAAGAUUGGGAAGCAAACUGAUGAACCAAACCGUACGGGGAACAUUGAGGUGGAACUGGUGACACCUCGUGCACCAGCCAAGGCGCAGCCAGCGACCCACCACUGCAUGCAGAUCCAGUGCGAGGAGGAAGACAUUCCUUACUGUCUCCCUUGCAGAACCUGUCGAGGUAUACCCGCGCCUAGGAAGCGAAAGACCAGAAGACCCAGAUGUUGCCCUUACUGACUCUGCCACUAUCUAAAGUUUCACUUGGUUUUUAUAUCGCAAAUAUUUCUUUUUCUAGGUUUAUUUUUCAUAUUAAGCUAUACCAAAAUAAUUUCAACUAUAAAGAAUCAAAUAUAUUUAACAUUUUCUAA